AUGAUGCACCGGGGUUACCUACUUUGCACCACCCAUUAAAAAAGUGGCUAAGAGGUAUGCUAGAGUUUGGUGUCCUUGGGGAACUGACGCACAGGUAGCUUAUAAAAGACAACUAGUCAAGAGCUUCAGACAUCACAGAGGAGCAAUCACACACAGAUACACAGAGAGAAGAAGCUGAAGCAGUACAGGUUCUCUAUACAACAGAUAUGCUUAAGAGAGUGAGGAUGUUGUGUCCCGCUUGGCUCCUGGUUUUGGCUGUGCUAUGUGCGGGUGGAUCUGAUGUUAAUGCCCAAUGCUGGGAAAACACUCACUGCAAAGACCUCAGCACUGAGGACAACAUCUUGGACUGCAUCCAGCUUUGCAGGUCUGAACUCACAGAUGAGAGCCCUAUCUACCCUGGAGAAAGCCAUUUAAAGCCUCCCUCAGAGUCGGAGCAAAACCAGGCCCUCACACCCCUCUCCACCCUCAUCCUGACCCCUACUUCGGAGCAAACGGCCUCAGAGGCCGGACCCAGGCGCGAGCGCUCGUACUCCAUGGAGCAUUUCCGCUGGGGCAAGCCAGUGGGACGCAAGCGCCGGCCCAUUAAAGUCUACACCAACGGCGUUGAAGAGGAAUCCGCAGAGACUCUCCCAGCUGAGAUGAGACGUGAGCUGGCCACCAAUGAAGUCGACUACCCCCUGGAGGACAACAACUUCCUGAACCAGGAGAAGAAGGAUGGGUCCUACAAAAUGAACCAUUUUCGAUGGAGCAGCCCACCUGCUAGCAAACGCUACGGGGGCUUCAUGAAAUCCUGGGACGAGCGCGGCCAGAAACCCCUUCUCACACUCUUCAAAAAUGUCAUCAAUAAAGACCACCAGAAGAAGGAUCAGUGA